AAACUAAACAACAGUCAAAGCAGUCUAAACGCGGAUUUUACCACCAAAACGACACGAAGGAGCUUCCCUUCAAAACGUGCUUCCGAUUCGAACACCCGGAACUUCAACUUCAACUUCAGGUUCCGGUUGGUGUUAGGUUUAGGGUUAGGGUUUUGAUUGAACUUUGAUGCCAUGUCUUCCAUUAACCCCUCACCACCUUCACCACGUUACAGCUCAAUCCCUUCAACCUCUACGUCGCCUUAUUCUGCCACACGCGCCCCCACUUCAUUCGAUUUCCACACGCGCCGCCCUUGGGAGGAGGUUUUUGCUCUCUACUCCUUCACGCGGCCCUACUCCCUCGGCGAAACCACUCUCCGCAUGAAACGGAACCUUAGCCACUUCCGCGUGAACUACGCCAUGAUCGCGCUCCUCAUCCUCUUCCUCAGCCUUCUCUGGCAUCCAAUCUCUCUCAUCGUCUUCCUCGUCGUCUUCGUCGCUUGGUUCUUCCUCUUCUUCUUCCGCGACCGCCCCGUCGUCGUGCUCCACCGCACCGUCGACGACCGCUUCCUCGUGGCGGUGCUCUACGCCAUUACGGUGGUGGCGCUCGUCCUUACCGGCGUUUGGUUGAACGUGUUGGUGUCAUUUCUGAUUGCGGUUGCGGUGGUUGCUUUGCAUGCGGCUUUUCGGAGCACCGAGGAUUUGUACGUGGACGAGUUGGAGGUUUCCGAUGGAGGAUUGCUUUCGGUUGUUGGUGGUAGCCCCACCAAGCGAACAGGGUACACUAGAAUAUAGUUAUAGCAUUGCUGAUUUUGUUCUUUUUCUCGAUUACUUGCAUUGCAGAAAUAGGAGCUCUUUUUUUAGUAUUUGGUUACACAAAAAUGUUAAUUGUGUUGAUGCGUUAUUGAGAGGGGUUCUUUGCAUAUGAUAGUUUUACUCACCGUGUUGUUAGGUUGGAAUGGUUCAUUUGUUGUUUUUUUUUUUAAUUUAUCUUUUUAUGUUUUUGUAACCCUGCGUAGAUUCUUGGAUAGAAUGAAGCAUUCAAUUUGUGUAUUUUGAGUUCUAAUUCAAUAUAUCGCCUGGUUGGAUAUGCUUUUGCAAUU